AUUAUUUAAUAAAUGGACCCCACAAUAUUAUUUUUUUUAUCUGCAUUUCUCAUACUCCUUUGUAAAUUAAUACAUUACAGCUCAAUAAAUACUCCGACAAAAAUAUAUAAAAAAACAAAAAAACACAGAGCAACGGAAGUAUCGCAGCUGGCACAAGAACAGCAGCAGAUUCUAGUUUGGUCGUCGACGGCGGCUCAAAAACCGCCAGCUUCAUUCAACAAAGCCGUCAUCAUCACAAACACACUCAAUCCCAUGUCCCAUCUGAAAUUUCUCCGGCAGCUUCUCGCCGGCUAUCUCUUUUUCUCCCCCUCUCCAAUUUGUUAAUUUGUUUGUUCUAAGAAUUAUUUGUGGCACAGAUCCCCAUGAAAUUUUUCGAGUAACGUGAGUGGCGGGAACUCCAUUUGUCGGGAUCUUUGAUUGAUUUCACUUUUAUUUCUUGCUUUCUUUCAAGCCAUACUUCAAAGAUCACUUUUUUCCUUUGCCCAUUUGUUUUCGGUAGAUAGAACGAGUGUAUAGAUUAAAAGAACACUUGUAAGUAGUAUAAGUAAGAAGAGAUGGCUGUUUCUGAUAACUCGAGGGGGUUAAUCUUGGCAAUGCUCUCGAGUUUGUUCAUCGGGACAAGCUUUAUCUUGAAGAAAAAGGGUCUCCGGCGGGCUGCAGCAGCUGGCACUCGGGCAGGAGUUGGAGGCUACACUUACUUAUUAGAGCCUCUUUGGUGGGCCGGCAUGAUUACAAUGAUUGUCGGUGAGGUGGCGAACUUUGUAGCUUACAUAUUUGCUCCAGCUGUUCUCGUGACCCCUCUCGGUGCAUUGAGUAUCAUAGUUAGUGCUGUUUUGGCGCACUUUCUGUUGAGAGAACGUUUGAGUAAAAUGGGCAUAUUGGGAUGUGUUUCUUGCAUAGUGGGAUCUGUAAUAAUUGUUAUUCAUGCUCCUCAAGAACAUAUUCCGAGUUCCGUACAAGAAGUCUGGAGUUUAGCAACUCAACCAGCAUUUCUUGUUUAUGUGACGGCUACUUUAUCCAUCGUGCUAGUUCUAAUGCUGCAUCUCGAGCCUCUCUAUGGGCAGACCAAUAUAUUGGUGUAUUUGGGGAUAUGUUCGUUGAUGGGUGCACUUACGGUUGUGAGCAUAAAGGCGAUAGGAAUUGCUAUUAAGCUCACUUUGGAAGGGAUCAAUCAGUUCGGAUAUGCACAGACUUGGUUUUUUCUUUCGGUUGCAGUAUUAUGUGUGAUCACACAGUUGAAUUAUCUAAACAAGGCACUCGACACUUUCAACGCUGCAAUUGUUUCGCCUAUAUAUUACGUGAUGUUCACAACACUGACUAUUAUUGCAAGCGCUAUAAUGUUCAAGGAUUGGUCGGGUCAAAAUUUGAGCAGCAUAACUUCUGAAAUAUGUGGAUUUAUUACGGUUCUAUCGGGAACAAUUAUACUCCAUGUCACACGAGAGGAGGAGCAAGCAACAAUGACAACAGGAUCCAUAACUUGGUAUGAUGGAGAUUCGUCAAAAGACGCUCAUUUUAUCUCAUUGAACAAUUCGGAUUACUUCAACUAAUCCUAAACUGCUUAUGCGAGAGAGAAUUCUUUAUAAGUUCCUUGCAUUGGAUCCUCAGCUCAGAUUCAAAGCUUGUUUAUCCCAUGAAGAAUUAUAUUACUUCCAAGACUCAAAUUACCGGAAAAAAGAUUGUUUGAAUCUCUUAAUUCAACGGCUGUGGAUUUCAGUCGGUAUUUGUUUUCAUCAAUGGGGGUUUUUGUAGUUUGUACUAGAUUCCAUGUGUUCUUACUGUCUACUAUUUACCAGUCUUUGUCUAGUUUAAGGUUCUUGUAGUAAAUUUUUAGUAGAUUUUACUUGUAGUUCAUUGUUAUGUACAUGUAUAUGUAUAUACAUGGGGUGUAAACUGCCAAAUACAAUAGCAUCUACAAAAUGUAUAUCAAGUGCAAGUUAAAAAAAAAAAUAUUGC